GGGAGAGCACGCACUGGCCACAGCCAGAGCCUGGAGAGGAAACGGUGGAGGCUUGCCACGCAGCAGGUGUCCUGCAGGACGGGCGGAGCCUCUCGGCUCCACCUAAACCCCCAGCUGCCUGGAUCCAGCUGUGGGCCACUGGAAAACUACCUAAGGGUCUUAAGGUGUUGGCAUUGUGUUCUUCCCACAUCAUAUUACCACCGAAGGUGCACAUACCCAGUGUUUUUAAACUGCUUUCUCGGAGACUUUCAAUGCCAAAUCGUGUAGAACUGUUGUGUAGAAGUUCGCGGCAGGAUAAUGCUGACUCGGUGGCCCUGGGGCCGGACUCUGCGCCUGUGACCCAAGGAGUUGGCUGCGUGUCCCGGAGGCGAGGGAGGGCUGGAAAGGGACCAUUCUCUUUCUUUCUUUUUUUUUUCUUUGGCUUUGCCAUCCGGAACCCGGCAGUAAUGUUGAGCACCCUGACUCACUGCUCUUGGGCAUUCUCUGUAGUUUUCUCCCAAGGACAUCUCUUUGUCACCAAAUAAUUGGUUCCCUCAACCUAACUCGAAAACUUGUAGCUUCUCACUUCAAGUUCCAGCGCAGUCGGAGCUCCCUGUUCCCUGAGACUUCGUUUUGUGUCACGGUUGUACCAUUAUGUAUUUCUUGGCCCUCAGGACACUUUCUUGAAUGAAUAAAUGAAGCAAUAGCAAGGAGCUGCAGGAAGAAACUAGGGUGACAUUUUUUUUCCUAAAUAAACUUUUAACAAAUUUGGAGUAAUUUUAGGUUUGCACAAAAUCCACCAAGAUAGUUCAGAGUUCCCAUGAAGUUCGCCUUUAAUAGUUACAUCUACACUGGGUACUUAAAAAUGGGUUCUUUUGUACCACUAGAUUCUAUUUUAAACUUUUGCUUCAUGGACAGUAUAGGAAAACAGCUUUGUUAGUAAUACACUUCUGUUACAGUAGGGUAUUGAUCCCAUUGCAAAAACAAAUUAUUUUAAAAGUUCUUAAACAAUAGACUGCGCUAAUGUUGAAAUUCAAUAAGUUUAUAAUAUCAAAAAAAAUAAACUGCUUUCUUAUAACUGCAGCUUGAAUAUGUCUGCCUAAAGACUUGUAUUUUACCUAGUUGUUUCCAAUUUCUUCAGAAACUUUCUGGAGGUCUCAGUGGUUUCUUUAUUGAUACAUAUAAAUUUGUACUAGUAUAAAUUUUUCAUGCAUUAAUGUCUUUCACUUUAAGAUAUAAGAUUACCCUUCAUAUUUUGAGCUCAAACCUAUUAAUGUAUCAGUCUCUUCAACUUAAAAAUAAGCAGCGCAAUACAAAUGCUUAAUUUGUACCUCCUUAAGAAAAAUUAUCUUUCAACCACAUCUUUUCAGUUUUGCAAAAUGAUGUGCCUAUCCAUGAUGACAAUAUUUUGUAGUCGUUGCUCAUGUUACUACAUUUGGUAUACAAUUGCACAUAUAUACAUAAUAAUUGCAGCUUUGAAUGUAGAAAAAAUUUCUUUCUGACUGGGGGCAGAGUAAUUCAAUUUCUGGCAUUGCAUAAGGAUCACACUGUAAAUCACUUCUCCUUGCUGGAGGACACCUUUACAGUGUGUACUUGAAUUUAGAUGCCCAUCAGAAUUGAUCUUGUGUAAAACAAUACUGUAUAAGUUUCAUUCACUUCAUGCAUUCAUUAAUUCACGUGAAAGAGAGCAUAGCCCAGUGACAGAUUACAGAUUAUUAAAAAUAUUAAACAUGGGAAAUAUGUGUGGGUGUUCAAAACAGAGUAAGCACAAACAGUACAGAAUAGUCUUGACAUUUUUCCAAACUGAAUGUUACAAACAUGCAUUUAUUUGUUCAAUAAAUAUUUACUGAAAGAUUUCCGAAAAUACAAAGACAAAGAGGCUAAAGCAGGAAAAAGUCUCAGACUAUAGAAUUUGAGGUAAGUCUGGAAAGAAAGGUAGGAUUUAGACUAGGAAAGGAAGACAAUGAACUUGGGAUUGGGAUGAAUGAAAAGCUAAUUUUAGCAUGAGAUAUAUGCAUAUACACAGCUUUUGCCCAAGCCACAUUUGCAAUUAAUCUACAUGUACUUACCAGCUUAUUUCAUAAGGUCAGCUAGGUAAUACGGAGCUCUCAGUGCCAACCUGAGGAUCUGGACUAUAGGCAAUAAGGAGUCCUUUGAAGAUUCUGUAUGAGGGAAUUAUCUGGUAAAAGGGAGUAUGGAGAAAUAAUCCUUUGGAAUUACCUAGCAUGAGUCAAGAAAUAGGAGGCUGAGGCACAGUCGGUGAAGCCAUUUGAACAUUUCAGACUGUGCUGAUAGAAACUAGAAUGAGUGCCAUGGGCCCAAGAGAAAGAAUUUAUUGUAACUUCUGUACUGAGUAAUAUGAUUAUCCGUACACAUAUUGGUUUUUGAUUUUGUAUUGUACUGGGGAUUGAAUCCAGGGCCCUCAGACAGAGCUACAUCUCCGCCAUUCAUUCAUUCUGUCGUUUGUUCAUUUGUUUAGAAAAGGUCUCGCUAAAAUCUCUGAGUUGCUCAGACUGUGUCUAACAUUUGAUCAAGCUCCAACAAGUCCUGGGAUUAUGGGCAUACUCCAUGCCUGGCUACAUGCUUGUUUUUAAAUGGAAUUUAGUUAAAAAAUGUAUUCCAAAAAUCUAUUUACAUUUCUUUUUUAUUAAAAAAUAAAAAAAUUUAAAAAGGAGAUUAAGAUAAAAGAGGACAUAACAUAACACAGGUCAGAACAGAACAAUUUAAGCAACAUAGUGUUUCACCAAAAGAUAACCCGACAUAACAGUAGUUAUCAUAGUGUCUCUUUCCUUGAAAUAUUUGAGUGUAACUUCGUAUACUAUAGCAUCAAACUUAUCAAGACAGUGUGAAACCAUUCAAGAGAAUGAAAGUAUCGCAGGGUAUUUAGAACCAGCUAACAGAGACCGAACAUUGGUUUCUAUAUUGUCUCCUUGCCUAUAAAAAAUUUUGUUUGUACUAUCACAUAUAAUAAAAUCCAAUAAGAUACAACAUGAUAAAACCAAUGGAGACAGAAGAACAAAAACUUGAUGGGACUUCAAAACAAGAUGAUAUUAAAUCAGCACUAGCUAUUAUGAUGUCUUGUUUUCUUCAAAAUAGCUGUUCAUACCAUCACAGACAAUAAAAUCAAACAACCCAGAAUAAAACCAUUCCAAUUAAUGAAUGAAAACAUUAUAAGGCUUCAAAGCAAUAUAAUGGAGAAUCAUGAUUACCACAUACUUGUAUGUAUUCAUAUCAUUUCUUAUACUAGGGAAACUAUUUGGUAUUUGUACCUGUGAGUUUGCUUUAUUUUGCUUAUGAGUAUGGUCUCAAGCUGUAUCCAUUAAUUUAUAAAUAUCUCAAUGUGAUCAUUCUUUAUAGCUGAGUAGUACUCCAUUGUAUGAAAAUACCAUAACUUUUUUAUCCAUUCCUCAGCUGAUGAACACUUAGGUUGUUUCCAAGAUCUGGCUAUUACAAAUUGUGCUGCUUUAAACAUGGGUGCACAUAUAUCACUGUGGUAUGAUGUUUUCAGUUCUUCUGGGAAUAUGCCCAGAAGUGGAAUAGCUGGAACAAAUGGGACUUCCAAUCCCAGCUUUUUGAGAAAUCUCCAGACUGACCUCCACAAUGGUUACACCAGUCAACACUCCCACCAACAGUGCAGGAGAGUUCCUUUCUCCCCACAGCCUCUCCAGCAUUUGGUGUUAGUGGUUUUCUUGAUCCUGGCCAUUCUUUCAGGAGUGAGAUGGAAUCUCAGUGUGGUUUUAAUUUGCAUUUCUCUAAUGAGUAAUGAUAAUUAACAUUUUCUCAUGUAUUUAUUUGCCAUUUGUAUUUCUUCAUCUGAGAAUUGUGUAUUCAUCUCAGAUACCCAUUUUUGGAUUGGGUCUUUGAGUUUUGGGGGUCUGAUUUUUUUUUUAAUUCUUUAUAUGUUUUAGACAGAAGUCCUUUGUCUGAGGGACAGUUCACUAAGAUUUUUUUCCCAGUUUGUAGGUUUUCUUUUCACUAUGCUGGAGAUUUCUUUUGACAUGCAGAAACUUUUUAAUAAGAGGUGAUCCCAGUUACUGAUUCAGGGAAGUAUUUCCCAAGCAGUUUGAUUAUUGUUCAUGAAUUCUCUACCUACCCCUAUGUCUUCAAGAUUUCUACCCAAUUUGUCUUCCAAUAGAUUUAGUGUUUCUGUUUUAAUCUUCAGAUCUUUGAUUCAUUUGGAUUUUAAUUUAGUACAUGGUAAGAGGCAUGGGUCUUAAGUUUUAAGUUUUUAGUUUUAAGUUUUCGGCAUAUGGAGAGCCAGUUUUUCCAACACCAUUUAUUAAAGAGGCUGUCGUUCCAGUGAACAUGUUUGGCUCCUUUAUCAAAGAUAAAGUGGUUGAGUGUGUUUGUAGUUGUGGUUGUAUCUUCUAAUCUAUUCCACUGAUCUUCAGCCAUGUUGAUUUUAGUACAGUUGCUUUGUAGUAUAACUUCAAUUCAGGGAUUGUGAUGCCUCCUGCCUUACUUUUGCUGCUUAGAAUUGUCUUUGCUAUUCUAGGGCUCUUCUAGUUCCAGGUGAAUUUUAGGAGUGAUUUCUGUAGAUCUAUGAGGUAUGUUGAUGGUAUUUUUGUUGCAAUUGAAUGGAAUCUGUAUAACAGUUUUGGAAGGACGGCCUUUUUCACAAUAUUUAUUCUUCCUAUCCAUGAGCAAAGGAUGUCUUUUCAUUUUCUGAGAUCCUCUUCAAUUUCUUUUUUCAAUGUAUUAUAAUUUUCCCUACAUAGAUCUUUCACUUCUUUCAUGAGGAUAAUUCCUAAGUAUUUCAUUUUUUGGUUGCUAGUGUGAAGGCGUGUAGCUACUCUUAUUUCUCUGUCAGUGAUUUUGUGUUAGUGUACAGAUAUGUUAUUGAUUUUUGAAUAUUGAUUUUGUAUCCAGCUACAUUGCUAAAUUUAUUAUAUCUAGGAAUCUUUCAAUGGAGUUUUGGGGGUCUUUUAUGUAGAGUAUCAUGUCAUUCUCAAAUAAUGAUAAUUUAACUACUUCUUUUCCUAUCUUUACCCCUUUUAUUUCUCUCUCUUGUCUAGUUGCUCUGGCUAGUAUUUCUAGUACUAUAUUAAAUAGGAGCAGUGAUAAGGGACAUCCUUGCAUUGUGCCUGAUUUCAAGGUAAAGGCCUUUAGUUUUGGCCAUUUAGUAUAAUACUGGCUGUUGGUUUGUCAUAGAUAGCCUUUAUCAUAUUGAGGUAAAGACCAUCUAUUCCAAUUUUUUGCAAGGUUCUUAUCAUGAAUGAAUGUUGGACCUUAUCAAAAGCUUUUUCUACAUCUAUAGAGAUGAUCAUGUGAAUCUUACUUUUGGCUUUAUUGGUAUGGUGGGUUACAUUUAUUGACUUACAUAUGUUGAAACAUCCCUGCAUGCCUGGGAUGAAUUACACUUGGUCUACCAAUAUUUUAUUGAGGAUUUUUUGCAUCUGUGUUCAUUAGGGAGAUUGCCCUAUAGUUUUCUUUUUUAGUUAGGUCUUUCUCAGGUUUUGGUACUACAGUAAUAUUUGCUUCCAGGAAUGACUUAGGAAGGAUUGCUUCCUUUUCAGUUUCAUUGAAGAGUUUGAGGAGUGUCAGCAUUAAGUCUUCUUUGUAUUUCUUGUAGAAUUCUGCAGUGAAACGGUCUGGGCCUGGGCUCUUUUUUGUAGGUAAGGACUUAAUUAUGUUUUCAAUUUCAUUAAUAGAAAUUGGGUUAUUCAGCAGUUUUACACCUUCUUGAUCUGGCUUUGGUACUUCAUAUGCUUCUAGGAAUCUAUUUCUUCUGUGUUAUCAAACCUUUGAGAAUAGAGGUUUUCGAAAUAGGUGUUGAUGAUCUUCUGUAUUUCUACAAAGUCUGUAGUGAUUUUGCCUUUUUCAUUCCUUAUUGCAAGAAUUUGAGCUUCUUCCCUUUUUUAAAUAAGGUUGGCUAGGGGCUUAUCAAUCUUUUUUAUUCUUUCAAAGAACCAACUCUUUGAUUCAUUGGGUUGUUUCGUUAGUCUCUAUUGCAUUAAUUUCUGCUCUGAUUUUUAUAAUUUCCUCCUUUUUGGCUCUUCUUUUUCUAGAUGUUUGAGGUGUAGCAACAGGUUGUUUAUUUGUGUUCAUUCUGUUUUCCUGAUGUGGGAACUCAGUGCAAUAAAUUUUCCUCCGAGGACAGCUUUCACUGCACCCCACAGAUUCUGUGCUAACUCCUUGGAUGGGACGCCACAGGAGCAGCUUCCAAAGUGACUUCCGCUUCUAAAGGUGCUGUUCUGUGAAGAAAUAAACUCAGUGACACUCCUGAGGGGUAUAAGGAAGCAUAUCUGGAGACUCCCACAAGAAGAAUUUCCAGGGAGACAUUCCCUUUGCAUUACUCUGAACCAGAAGAAGAGCUUCAUGGAAAGCAACACAUAGUCUCCAAGGAGGAGCCCACAUUUACUCCACCCAGGAGGAGGCAUGCCCAGGCACUGAUGCCAUGGAGGUUCAGGAACAGCCACCAAGAGGGCUUAGAGACAUCGGAGACCUGCAAGCCACAGGCAGGAGUGAUGUUGCAAUCCAGGACUUCACCCUAGCUAUCUGCCUGUCGGUGAUCAUCACAUUCAUCCUGGCUUUCUGCAUGGGAGUUUUCCUAAGGCCCUAUGUUGACAAACUGUCACUAAUAUGCUGGGACAAAAGGAAUAAAAGCCAUGGCUCAGACAAUGCUUAUACAAACGAGGGCUUCUAUGAUGGAGUUGAAGCUACAAGGAGCAUGCCGCACCCAGGGGCGGAUUUGCACCAAGCUUUUCAUCAUUCAGUCCUCUAUGAGAAUGAAGACCUUUACAUGGCACAAGAGACAAUCCCAUAUGCCACUGCCAUUCUUGAUAGAAAUUCGGGAAACACAAGAAAGGAGCCUGGCAAUCAGCACAGCUCAGAACAACUCAGAGACAACCAGAGGGCAGGAAAGAGAGAAGACAGGGUGCUUUCAAAUGGCAGUGCAGCUCAUUCUGCUCCCUACCAACAACCAAAUGCUGCUAACAGUGAAAUAAAUGCAGCAGCACAGGACUAUGUAUCUAAGAAUGAUAUUCUCAAUGAAUUAAAUUAUGAAACUGUGACCCCAGAAUAUUCACUUGAUAGGCAUUCAGUGGGCAUCUCUUUCGCAGAUUUCACUGUCUCUGACUCAAACCGUAAUGAUGUGAAUGAAUUAGAUCCGUCACUGUCAAGAGAAAUGACAGCUUCCACCCCCCAAAUGCUCACAUAUACCAAUGUACUGAGGGCCGGAGAAAGCAAGGAAAUAGAGGGCCCUUCACAGUCACCUUUGGAAAUCCAGGGCUCACGGAUGGAAUUCUCUAAGGGAACACAAGUGAGCCACUCCACCAGCUUCCUGGGUGAACAGCAGCCAGGACUCCUGGGGGCCAGUGCUGAAGGACAGCCACCAGCCUUCAGCAGUGUGGUCACACGCAGUGAUGCAAGAUAUGUGGACCCAUCAGACCUUCCACCAAGAUGGGACUAUGGCCUCAAUGCUACUACUGAGGGGCCAGCACAGAAAGGUUCCCUUUCUUACCCUCAGUACAUUAUGGAGAAUGACUAUGAUUCUGAUGAGGGGUCUUUGUUUACCCUGAGUUCAGAGGACUCAGAAGGUGCAAGGGAUGUGAUUGGAGAAGAAAUACCUGGCAAAGAGGAGAGCUGUGGGGCCGCUGAGCCUGUACAGGACAAGAAUGUUGUAGAAUAUAAGGACAAUGUGAUGCCAGUAGAAAAUCUUGAGGACAACAUCCCCUGCCAAAAGAUUCCAGGGAAAUAUGCAACUCAGGAAGAUCAUUUUGCAAAACAUCUCAUUUCUGAUCCAGAUUCUGAUUUGUAUAAGAGUGAUUUGGAAAGUUCCUCUUACACUAAUGAAUCUGAGAAUCCACUAAGCUGGUCCAAAUCACUGAGUCAUAGUCCUUCAAGUGAUGAGAUUCCAGCCAUGUUAAUUCAUGACAUGGAUUAUCAGCCUGAGCCAGUGCAAUGGCUUUACUCACUUCAAGAUCUAUAAUUUUCAAAUGUGGACCCUUUGCCACCAACACCACCACAUUCUGAUGAAGUUCCUUCAGAUCCUGAGAAGAGAGUCUGCCAUGAAAGAGACUAAGACAUUUGCUGAUGUGAGCCUGGUGUUCAGGAAAUAGAGCUCAAAAAGUCCUCCAUUCAAGAUCCCUACAGGAGCUAAAUAGCUCAGCAGCAUAAGCAGCUGCCUGACAAGUGCAAGGUCAUGAGUUCAAUCCUUGGUACCAAAAAGAAAGAGAGAGAGAGAGAGAGAGAGAGAGAGAGAGAGAGAGAGAGAGAGAGAGAGAGAGAAAAGAAAAAAAAAGAAAGAAAGAAAGUGACAAAGAUCACUGCACAAGAAAACUUAAGACACAACAAAAUUCUCAAAGGGACAACCUGAAUUCCAAUUGGGUGGACAAUGACCCAAACAAGGGGCUUGUGUCCAUCCAACUUGGGCACUGUGAUUUUAGAAAGGCCAUAACACUAAACAUGAUUUUUACACUUCUGUGGUGUUAAGCCAGAUCUUCCAUGUAAAAAAGAUGGGGAGAAUAUUUUGGAGAUGGUCCUAAAACCAACCACUGACUUUAACAGAGCUUCCAAAUAAAUCCAAUUAAGAACACAGAAACCUGCAAAUGCAAGAUCAUGAGUUUGAUCCCCAGUACCAAAAAAAAAAAAAAACAAAAACAGGUCAAUUGAGUGAUGGAGUCUGGGGUAAAUAUCCAGGGGGGGAAAUCAUUGUAUUUCGAAAAAGACCAUUAACUUCCAUGCUCAAACACAGACUCAGACUAGUCUGACUUAGGAGCUGCUCUCUGUGUGAAGAACAGCUCCACUAUGACAAAGACAAGAACAUUCAACUUGAUAAAAGGAACUCAAGUGACAUUUUUUAGUACAUAUCGAAGUACCUACAUAAAAAUGCUGAACAUGUUUUAAUGAAUUCUGCACAAAGACUAGCAUAACUUUCUGGAGGGUAAUCAUGAAACUGCAAAAUUGGAAGGAUUCAGAGCAGCUCUAAGAGAUUUUUAAAUAAGUUACAUUAAAAGAGAAGAAGAACCAUUUUCUAGAACAAAAUGCAAAUUAAAAAUCAAUUUUGAAGAAAAGAAGUGAUGUUUUCUGUAAAAGAAAAACCAUUUUCCCUGAUGAGCCCAUCCUUGAUGUGACUGACUCUUCAGGUCUGAUUGUCUCCAAUUUCCCCAACUUUUUUUUUAAAUUUUUAGUAUUGGGCUCUCUUCUUUGCUUGCCCUUUUAAGAACAAUAUUCCUCAAGGGUUUCUGUCCAGACUGUCUUUAAAACCCCUUUGCCAACCCUGGGGAAUAGUGAAAUAAUAGCAAACUUGAGUAGAGUCAAGACAAAUUUUUUUUCAGAGCUGAUGGAAAGAUCUGGCCAACAUGGACCCAGCUGUCAACCAGUUUGACAUAGACAAUGCCAGCUUUGCAUGAUUGGACCCACCCAACCUCCCAAGUUCCAGACUCAUGUCCCUCAACUCCAGUUGCUCAGAUCCACAUAAAGCCAUCCUGGAACCUAGAAAUCACCCUUUUGCUUUACAAACAUGACUUCCCAUAGUUCCUUUCUUGGUUGACAGUAUCAUGGCACCCACCAUGUAAGCCAAGGCAUAAUGUCUAAUUAGCUCUGACUUUCAUUGUCUACAUCUAAGUAGCCUCUAAACCCCAGUACAGUAGAAGUUCCUGAAUGUCUACAAGGACAAUGUCUAGGCAUGGCAGCCUGAAUGGGGCUAGGCGAUUUGUGCUAAACAAGAAUUUACACAGAUGAUAUGGACUGGUGAAUGGGCCCCAGGAGCAUGCCAGUCGACCUCAUCACAUCCUAAUGAGUCCUGUGGGAUCUAAGUCCAAAGUAACCCUUAACUUUGUUAUGUCUAUUUUCAAUCCCCAAAUAAGGAGAUUGUCAUCCUUUGUCUAUCCUUUGUCCAUCAUCUAGAUUGUUGUGAUCUUUAAUCUUAUAUUUAAUUCAUCAUCCCAUUGCUCAAAAACCUUUUACAGCUUCCAUUGUCUAUAUAGAAGCCAAAUUCCAUACAUCAGACACAUUUUACCUUUUUAAUUCCAUCUCAUGACAUUUUUCCUCAUCAUAUAUUCUAUGAUAUCAUUAAUAUCAAUUGUUUAUUAAUUUAUUUCAGAAAAACUCCAGGGACCAUUACUGGGCCGUGAUCAAUUUCUCCCCUACUGCUCACAAUCACUGUUUUAAACUUUCACUGAGAAAAUUUAGGUUUUCAAGAAGAAAGUCCCUCUCUCCCCUACCCCACAGCUGAAAACAUAUUUAUAUCCAUAUCUGCCAUCAUUCUUUUCUUCCAUCCUAAGAAGAAAUCAAUAUUUUUCCUUCAAGAAUAAUCCUUCUUGUUGCAGCUCUGGAGACAGACUCAUUCAUGUUUCCAGUUCCUGUAUUUCUAAGCUCUCCUCAUCAAAUAGAUCCUUCUCGUAGUCUGUAAGCAUGCUCAAGUCCUUUCAACUUUAAAAUUAAAGCAAGAAAAUACCACCCUG